UCUCAUCUCCUUGUUUUGUUCUCUUUCUAUUGUUCUUUCCCUCUGUCCUUCUGUUUGCCUGCUUGCCUUGGCCUCCCUGUGCUCUGCUCAGUCCCUGCCUAUCCCUGCUUCAUGGUCAACGGUCCUCUGUCUUUAUCUCUCUGUCUCAGCCUCUGCAUCUCUGCCUCUGGUCUCCCUUACCCGCAGGGACCCUGCCCCGGAUCAUGGCAAAUCUGAGCCGACCCUCGGAAUUUGUCCUCGUGGGCUUCUCCUCUUUCGGUGAGCUGCAGGUCCUCCUGUAUGGCCCCUUCCUCGUGCUCCAUCUCCUCGCCUUCAUGGGAAACACCAUCAUCAUUGUCAUGGUCAUAGCUGACACCCACCUACAUACGCCCAUGUACUUCUUCCUGGGCAAUUUUUCCCUGCUGGAGAUCUUGGUGACCGUGACUACAGUGCCCAGGAUGCUCUCAGACCUGCUGGUCCCCCUCAAAGUCAUCUCCUUCACUGGCUGCAUGGUCCAGUUCUACUUCUACUUUUCACUGGGUUCCACCACCUUCCUCAUCCUGGCAGACAUGGCCCUUGACCGCUUUGUGGCCAUCUGCCACCCACUGCGCUAUGGCACUUUGAUGAGCUGGGCUGUGUGUGUCCGGCUGGCUGGGGCCGCCUGGGCAGCUCCCCUCCUGGCCAUGGUACCCACCGUCCUCUCCCGAGCUCAUCUCAGUUAUUGCCAUGGCAACGUCAUUAACCACUUCUUCUGUGACAAUGCGCCUCUGCUGCAGCUGUCCUGCUCUGACACACGCCUGCUGGAAUUCUGGGACUUUGUGAUGGCCUUGGCCUUUGUCCUCAGCUCCUUCCUUCUGACCCUCAUCUCCUACGGCUACAUCGUGAGCACUGUGUUGCGCAUGCCCUCGGCCAGCGGCCGCCAGAAGGCUUUCUCCACGUGCGGCUCCCACCUCACGCUGGUCUUCAUUGGCUACAGCAGCACCAUCUUCCUGUACGUCAGGCCUGGCAAGGCGCACUCUGUGGAAGUCAACAAGAUCGUAGCCUUGGUGACUUCAGUCCUCACCCCCUUCCUCAAUCCCUUCAUCCUCACCUUCCGCAACGAGACGGUCAGGACAGUGCUCCGGGGGCAGGUGCAGAGGCUGAAAGGCCUUCACGGGGCACCGUCAUGAGCCCGAGCGACCCGGCCGGGCUCGGUCGAGCAGCUCUGUGAGGAGGCAGAGUGCCCGCAGGUGGGAAGACCACUGUCCAGUUUCCUUACGUUUCUUCCUCUGUGCCUCUGAGUGGCGACUACAGUGAGCCCUCAGUGCUACCCCAUCUGGCCCAAAGCCCUCAGAGGCCACCAGGACGUGCUCCCCACGCCCACCGACAGCUACAAGAACUGGGAAAGUGGCCCCGAGCCUGGGGAGCCAGGAGAGAGGCUUUCAGGAAAGAGGAAGGACGUGGGCUUUGCAUUCAAGGAAGAGUAGCCAAGAAGUGCUCGCUGCGCGAGAGAGGCCACCCAGCCCCUGUGUGCGUGCGUGUGCGUGCAGGUACAAGGAAAGAUGGUAGUCUACGUACGUCCAGUGGUCUGCUGGUGUUUAACCCCUGGCUCUCCAUCUGCUGACUUCUAGCAUUUGCCAACUUCCUGGCGGUCAACAUUCCCCUCAAGUCCAAUUUCAAACGGCCAGCCUGACUUCAUGAACUUGCCGUUAGGAGAAGCUUCCCAGCAAUACCGCAUGAAGCAGAAUUUCCACCGUCCUGAGACAAGUGUCAUGAACAACUUCAAUAGAUGGAUAGAAGUAAAAUGUAGCAAAGUAAUUAGGAGUUUUGCAUAUUUAUCACCUUUGCUUUUGGCAUAAUUUAUUUGAUUGCAAGUGCCUGUUAUUUACUUUUUAAUAACAGCUGUAUAUAAUUCCUGACAAUUUAACAACUGGUUCUGCUCCCAAACAUCACUUGCAUUCUACCCCAGGUUUUUUUUUCCUUUAAAUCCCUCUCCCUAUUCAGCCCUGCAUCAUGGUAUUUCUCCUUCCCUUGAGUUAGACGCAUGACAAGUUCAAACCUCAUGGCAUUGCCCUUAUAAAGAAACUUAUAAAUUCCUCUUUCUGAUGGACUCGGGCCCCUCCGAGGGUGAGGGGACCUGCCUGCCCCAGUGGCAGCUGGGCAGCGCACCACUCACACCUGUGUUCCUGCCACCUCCCUCACUGGGUGGAAAACUCAUCCAGAAGGUCUUGAGUUCCCCACCCCUGAGUGUGAGUCCGCAGGACUGUAUGUGACGUCCUUGUCCUUGUUACGGAGCAAGAUAAGCAUGAGCUAAGGAGAGGGGCUGUCACAGAGUCCCCUCCUUUCGUCCUCCGCAGACACAGGAGAGGAGACCAGA